UAUGUUGGUAACAACAGGACGUCUGUCAUUGUCAAAGUUUGUUUUUAAUUUUUCUUCAAUUAUACUAUCGAUUCACCCGGUAUAAUAAUAACAAGCACCGAUUUUGAUUUUUUUGUGAUAUUACAACAAAAAUGUUGGAUUAUAAGUAGUAAAGUGGUAUGAGAUUAUAUAAAAAAUGUCAUUCACAAUAUUAUGUUCAUUUGUCUUAGCAUUUUACGUCGUCAUUUGGUUCUUUGAUUCUUUCUUCAAGAGUUGUAUGCAUUAUCCUUAUUAUGCAUUUUUGGAAGGAACUGGACUCAAAGUUGGAAUAUUAAAUUUCACGUGGACAACCACUGCUUUUAACAGGUUUAUUUACCGAUGGAGUAAAAACUUAUCGCGUAUUCUAAAGAAGUGGUUUACCUGUGGAUAUUUAUUCAGCGUGUGGGUAUUUCUACCAUUUUCAAUAUGGACCAUUUUAUCUUUCAUAUUUGAACAUUUCUAUGAAACAAUUCAGUUCAAUAAUGUUCCUGAAGUUAAAGCUGUAUUGCCAGGAGUAAACAUACCUGCUUCUGACUUUUGGGUGUACUUCCUUGCUAUAGGAGUAAGCAGUAUAAUUCAUGAACUAGGCCAUGCAAUGGCUGCAGCACAGGAAGAUGUGCAAUUAAUAUCAGUGGGGCUGUUUGUUUUUACUAUAAUCCCAGUAGCAUUUGUGCAACUUAACUCAGAGCACUUGAAUAGUCUUACCAUCACUAAACGACUCAAAAUAUAUUGUGCAGGAGUCUGGCAUAAUGUUGCCACUGCUUUUAUAGCUCUAUUGUUGUUCUUCUCGGCACCAAUUCUUUUCAAUAUGGCUUAUGAAACUGGUAUUGGAGUAAGAGUCACAGAUUUUACUGAUGAUUCUCCAUUAAAAAAUGUCAGAGGCCUAGACAAAGAGGAUGUUGUAACAUCAAUUAAUGGAUGUGAAGUAAAGAAUUCCAAUGAUUGGACUCAUUGCCUUCACAUGGCUCAUGACAGGUUCGGAAUUUGUACUAGUGCUGAAUUCAUAGCUCAAAAUGAUGAAAUUAUGAUGGAAACAAUAAAAGAGAAUGAUGUUGUGGAAUGCUGUAGAAAGGAUGACUUGUUCAAUUUUUGUUUUGAAUAUAUGGAACCUAAAGUAGGGGCAGAUUCAGUGUUGCCAGGUCAGUACUCAUGUUUGAAACCUAGAGAUAUGAUUAAGAAUAAUUUCAUUAAAUGUACAGAACCAAGUGGGUUUGCAUGUCCAAGGAACAUGCAUUGUUUAAAACCAUCAAUGAAUAAUCAUACUUAUUUAGUUAUAGUUGAAAGAAAGGACAACAAUGCGGUAUUGUACUUGGGUUUGCCAUAUGAUUUGCACAAAACUGUGUUUAUAGAUCAAUAUUUUCCAAGAGUAGCUUUAUUUUCAUUUUUUUCUCCAUCUCAGUUUGAAAAAUUAUUAAGAUAUAUUUUCAUUUUUUCCAUGGGGAUAGGCUUUAUAAAUAUUAUUCCUUGUUAUGGUACUGAUGGGCAUCAUAUAGCAAGAAACUUAAUUCAGAUUUUAGCCAAAUAUUUGAAUAAAAAUGGGGAUUUUAUUAAAUUUUUCACAGUUUUUACUGUAGUCGUAGGAACAGGAGUGACAAUACCUAUUUUAAUUUAUUUAUUCUAUAAAGCCAUUUAUGUAGAUAAUUGAAUGUAAUAUAUUGUAUAUGAUAUAGUUAUAUAGUAUUGCUAAUACUAAGUAAACCUGCAAUGUAGGUUCAUAUUGAGUGUUUUGUGAUAAGUUUAAAAGUAUAGUUUGAUAUGUAAAUAAAUAAUGGAAUUUUGUAUAUAUCACAGCAAAAAAUGAAAUCAAAAUUUUAAUCUUUAAUUUACCCUUAUCAAUAUUUGGAUCAUUAUCAUUCAAACAAUUAGGCAUUCUGUCCUCUUAAACAA